GGGAGUUUCCUUCCUCUUUUCUAAUGCUGCCUUAGGCAUUUCAGCUACCGGGGGGGCCCCAUUCCUUGGGCCGCUCCCGACCGGCUUCAUCCGAGGACCAUGUGGCUGUUGGUAGCCCUGUCAGUCCUGGCUACAGGAAACGGUGGAAUCGCUGGUGCCCAGAAGUCUAGGCUGACCCUGGAUCCAAUAUGGGUCAAUGUGUUCACUGGGGACAAAGUGACCCUGAAAUGCGAUGACCCCAAUUCACCGGGGAUCACCCCCACCCAGUGGUUCCAUAAUGGUACGGCCUUGGAGACCCAGACCCCCAGCUACAGCAUCGGGGCCGCCACCUUGGACGACAGUGGGGAGUACCAGUGCCAGAUGGGGGACUCCAAGAAGAGCGACGUCACGCGGCUGGAUGUGAGCCAACAUUGGCUACUCCUGCAGACGUCUGGCUGGGUGUUCCUCGAGGGUGAACCGGUGUUCCUGAAAUGCCACAGCCGGAAGUACCAGACCUUGACCAAGGUGACCUUCUUCAAAGACCAAGAAGUAAAACGGUUUUUCAGGAGGAAUUUCAACUUCUCUAUCCCCCGUGCCACUCACAGUGACAGUGGGUCCUACCACUGCAGAAUAUGCAUGGGCAGCCAAGACUACGAGUCGUUACCCAUCUACAUCACCGUCCAGGGUACCUCAUCUUCAUCCUGGAUCCACAUCCUUGUCUCCUUGGCAGUGGGACUCCUCUUUGCCAUUGACACGGGCCUGUAUGUCAUUCUGCGGAGAAGGCUCGGCACACCGGAGACCAAUAGGAAAUUUCUAGAAAUAAAUGAGUGCCAAGAGAGCGGAGCCCAUUUACCCCUUUCCCCGGAGGCCAAGAAAAGCAUCGGCGGCAGUGGGAGGACACGAUCCAGCCCUCCUUCUUCCCCUCCUUCGCCUCCGCCUCCGAGGACCCCCACCCCUGCUUCUCCCCCUCCUCCAGCUCAGGCCCCCAGGAGCCCCAAGAGGCUGCAGUUGGAGUCAUCUCUUCCUUUCCUUAGCUCUUCUCCUAAAACUAGCACUUCCAAAUCAGAAUACCAACUCUUCCCACCCACAUCCUGUCCUCCCCCAGACUGUCCAAUCCCCGGAGACACCACCAACCCACCUCCCACCGUCCCAAGCCCGUAACCUCGGUUUUAUCCUUGACUCAUCUCUCUCGUUCGACCCACGCCAUCGGGGGCUUUCACCGAGUCCUGUCGGUUCUUCCUUUGCAACAUCUCUAGGAUCUGUCCCUUCCUCUUCACCUGAACUGUCAUCACGCUGAUGCAAUCACUUAACAUAUCACACUUUGCUGCAUCACCCACCACUGACCUCCCUACUUCCUGCCUCGCUCCACCCCAGUCCUCUGCUGCCCGAUUCGUUUUUCUCGAAAAAAACCCACCAAAAAACAUUCAAACCAGGGCUCCCCAUCCCUCAGAAGCCUCCAAGCGUUACCCAUUCAGCUCCAUAUCAAAAAGAAACUCUUUGGCUUUAAGGCCCUCAAUAAGCUCUCUCCCUCCUACCUUACUUUGUUGAUUUCCUCUUUCAUCCAAACUACACAUUUAGUUCCUCUAACUCUAGUCUACUCACUGUACCUUCAUCUCAUCUGUGUUCCCACUGACCCCUUCGCCCACAUCCUCCCUCUGGUCUGGCACUCUCUCACCCUUCAUAUCUGACAGACCACAAUGCUGCCCCACACCAAAGCCCUACUAAAAAAAAAACCUCCUCCGAGAGGCCUUCCCUAACUAAGCCCUCAUUUCCCUUAUUCCCCUUCCCAUCUGUGGGUCCUGUGCACUCAGCUCUGUUCCCCUUCAGCAAUUGAUAUUCACCCACUCUCAGCACCACAGCACUGGUGCACAUAUCCUAGACUCUACCGUUUCCCCUUUUGGUAAUUUAUUUUAAUUUUAUUCUAGAUUGUAAACUCAUUGUGGGCAGGGAACGUAUCU